AUGGCAGGUCAGGCUCCGCCGGUUGCCCGGGCCGCGGUGCUGAAGGAGAGCGCGCCUCUGCCGGAUCAUCUGCCGCAGAUCAGAGGAUACGACUUUAACCAGGGCCUGAACCACAGAGCACUGCUGCAGUCCUUCAUCACCACCGGCUUCCAGGCCUCCAGCUUCGGCCUGGCAGUGCAGGAGAUCAAUAAGAUGAUAGAGAAGAGGCUGGAGCCGGUGCAGGAGGAGUGUGAGGACAGUGACUCUCGUCAGUCUACUUCGGGAUGCACUAUAUUCCUGGGCUACACAUCAAACCUGAUUAGCUCCGGUGUGCGAGAGAGCAUUCGAUACCUCACACAACACAAGAUGGUUGAUGUGAUCGUGACCACAGCAGGAGGGAUUGAAGAAGACCUUAUUAAAUGUUUAGCGCCGACUUUCCUUGGAGAGUUCAGUCUGAAAGGAAAAGAGCUGCGGCAGCAAGGAAUUAAUAGGCAUGUAAUCCUGGUGCCGAAUGAAAAUUACUGUAAAUUCGAAGACUGGCUGAUGCCGAUUCUGGACCAAAUGGUGCUGGAACAAAAAACAGAGGGCACACACUGGACACCAUCCAAAAUGAUCCACAGACUGGGCAAAGAAAUCAACAACCCUGACUCUGUCUACUACUGGGCCUACAAGAAUGACAUCCCAGUGUUUAGUCCUGCCCUCACUGACGGCUCAUUGGGCGACAUGAUCUACUUCCACUCCUACAAGAACCCUGGACUAGUGCUGGACAUUGUGGAGGAUAUCCGUAGGCUGAACAGUAAGGCGGUGUUCGCCAAGAGCACAGGGAUGAUUAUUCUCGGAGGAGGACUGGUCAAACACCACAUCGCUAAUGCUAAUCUCAUGAGGAACGGGGCAGAUUUCGCAGUGUUUGUCAACACUGGGCAGGAGUUUGAUGGCUCGGAUUCCGGCGCUCGACCUGAUGAAGCCGUUUCUUGGGGAAAGAUCCGCAUGGAUGCCUCACCCGUAAAGGUCUAUGCCGAUGCUUCAUUAGUUUUCACACUGCUAGUCGCUGAAACGUUUGCACACAAUGCCAGCAGGCUGAUCCAGGAAAAGAAGAGCGACUGAUGGUCAUUUUACCCUCGUGAAAACAUCUAAAGCUCAUUAUUCUCUUCCUGUUUCAUUGCCUUCCAGCGCAGAAGAUGUGAAUGCUCUAUUUAAAGUCACACCGUCAUAUAUAACUAUCCAUUUAAAUAAGCACAGCAUAUUUUUAGCCAUAAUUAGUUGCAUUCAGUAGUUUUUAUUUGACUGGA